AUGUCAUUGGUACAACUGGCAAACGUCUGUGCACAUCUUCAGAACUGUACGCGGGUGCAUUUCAACAUGGCUGCUGUUCCCUUCACCCGAUUACACCUCCAAGUAGCCACUGGUUUAUAUAAACAUGGAUUUAUCAAGGGUAUUCAAAAGGGUUCAAUUGCUGGACCUGACUUGGUUCCUACCGAAGUAACUCCGGACAACAUUGCUACCAGAAGACUUUGGCUGAACCUAAAAUAUAAAAACAGCAAACCAGUUCUUUCUAAGCUAUCUUUAGUGUCCAAACCCAACAGAAGACUAGUACUUACCAAGCAGGAAAUCAAGGCUCUAGCUAGUGGGCUGAAGGUGCGUAUCAUCGAUCCAUUACAACCUGGAGAAGUUAUGUUUGUGAAACUUCCUCGUAGUAAGGAGCUUAUCGAGUUGCAGGAAGCUGCUGAUAGAUACGUUGGAGGGGAAGUUCUUUGUCGUGCUAGAUAA